GGAUGAUAGCUUUGAAUUAAGCCCGUGACCUUUAACAUUGAGCAGAUGUUUUUGCAAUGAACCAAGCUUUCUCCUAUUCAUAAACAGAUGGGCGUAGGAAGAAAACAAGAAAACUUCCAGUUGAAUGACAAUUUGCUUCCCAAAAUGAAACAGCCAGCCACUACUUAUUUUGCAAGGAAUUUGGGAAAGAGCAACCUUGGUGGUGUCAUAUUUGGUUGCAAGAACAACACGUUUAAAGAAUGUCUUUCGAAACAGAUCUUUGGCUUGCCAGCUCAGCAUUUCUUGUAUGUAAAGAACAUUGAUCCAGGUCUGCCACUAUUUCUGUUCAAUUACACUGACAGGAAGCUUCAUGGCAUCUUUGAGGCUGCUAGUUGUGGACAAAUGAAUAUAAAUCCCUAUGCAUGGACACCAGAUGGUUCUGAGAGAACACCAUAUCCUGCCCAAGUUCAAAUACGUAUAAGGCUGCAGUGUCAACCACUGCUAGAAGACCAGUUCAAGCCUAUAAUUCUGGACAACUAUUAUAAUGUAAGCCAUUUCUGGUUUGAGCUCGAUCAUACUCAAGCACGUAGAUUGAUGUCAAAACUCUCUGCAAUGGCAAUUGCUCCUAGUACAUUUGUACCACAAAACACAGCGAAAUGGAGGAAUGCGUUGUAUGGUUUACCUUCUAAUGAGAAGAGAGAGGAAAUUGGAGCUUAUGAGCAACCAAUCUUAAGGAACAAGUUUGUCAACUCCCCUGAUCCUGGUAACUGCCAGCUACUAGAGUCAUCCCUGGGUAAUCAAGAAUCAGAUAGAGAUGCAAAAGACAUCAUCUACUUGAAACUAAAAGAGCUAGCUAUUAAUCUUGAGUCCUCAGAUGCACCUAUGAGGGGACAUGUAGGAGAAAUUGCCACUGCCAGAGAUGAGAAAUUGGGGCAAGAAUCAUUGCUGGCAGAAUUUUCAGGGAAGAAGAAUGAAAAUAAUCCUGUAAUUUCUUAUGACUUGUCUGAUCCAUCACUGGUGGCUCAGAUGCUUGAAGGAAUGAAAGAGCUAAUGGCUUUCAAAGAAGAGCAAAUCCAAAAGGCAAAUCGUAUGGAACAGAAACUGCUAGAGGCAGAAAAAGAAAUCAGCCAACUAAAGUGUAGGUUUAUGAUGUUGGAGUCAAGGUCAAAUACUUCCCUGGUGCAUGUGGAUGGAACAGGAAUCAAGUCAUGUGAUGACUUCCACUUGGACCUUGAUGAAUCAAUAUUUCUCGUGGGUGGAUAUGAUGGUGUAUUGUGGUCAUCAGCAUUGGAUUUGUUUUCUCCUUCACAUGAUGUCUUGAAAUCUCUUAAGCCAAUGAGUUCUGUUCGAUCGUAUUCCUCAGUGGCAAAGUUAAAUGGAGAACUAUAUGUGUUUGGCGGUGGAACUGGUAGUGCAUGGCUUGACACAGUUGAGUCAUAUAACUUUGCCCAAGAUCAAUGGAGUCUGUGCGCAUCAUUGAAUAAGAAGAAAGGUAGCUUAGCUGGCGCUACUUUGGACAACAAAAUUUUUGCAUUUGGUGGUGGAAAUGGGGUUGACUGUUUUUCAGAUGUGGAAAUGUAUGAUGUAAAUGUUGGAAGAUGGAUACCCACCAGGUCAAUGCUACAAAAGCGAUUUGCUCUUGCUGCAGCAGAGCUCAAUGGUGCUCUCUACGCUGUUGGUGGAUAUGAUGGGGACAAUUAUUUGAAAUCUGCAGAAAGAUUUGAUCCCAGGGAACAUUCUUGGAGCAGAAUUGAGAGUAUGAAUACCAAGAGGGGCUGUCACUCAGUAGUCGUUAUGAAUGAAAAGAUAUAUGCCUUGGGAGGCUAUGAUGAAUGUGACAUGUCGCCAAGCAUUGAGAUAUUUGACCCUCGGCUUGGAAAAUGGAUGACUGGGGAGCCGAUGAACCAUUCCAGGGGAUAUUCAGCUGCUGCUGUUCUGAAGGAGUCAAUCUAUGUAAUUGGCGGAGUGAAGACCGGUGGAGACAUUGUAGACACGAUUGAAUGUUACAAGGAUGGCCAAGGGUGGCAAAUUACCAACUUGAGUGCACCAAGAAGACGGUGUUUUUGCUCAGCUAUUGUUUUAGGAGAUUGAAUGCUACUGCAGAAUGUAGAAAGUUCAGAAAACUCGUUUGCAACCAAGACAUGGUUCUAUUAUAAGGUUUUCCUAGGAGGCUCGGAAAAGCAUUUCCUCGGCUGGUACUAUGUUGAGGUUUUUCAAGAAAUUUUUGUUUCAACUCAUCUGACAGUUUAGCAGAGAUCUCGGUAAGCUUCUACUAAAAGGACUUCAAGAGCUUUUGCUUUUGUUCUGAUAUUCAGAAAUUGCGCUGCGCUAUUUCACUUGA